GACUUGUCGAGAUGUUCAAAUCUCGCGGCAAUCGUCACAAUGAGAGUCUUCGGAAGCGACGGAGAGCAGCUGAGGAAGAGGAAACGGAAGAGAAGACUGGGGAGCUCAUCAUUCCCGAGAAGUCCCAUCGGAGUGGUAUAGCAUCUGGAUCGACGGCUGCAACGAAGUCAUCUGAUGACAGCAAGUGGCAGGGCUUUCAGAUCAAAGCGGGCAAAAAAGUCUCUUCGCAAUCAGAUGCUACUCGAACGUUGGACACCGAAUCAGACAGAAUUGGAGAUGCCAGGGCCCAAUAUGAACGAAAUGCGAAGAUUCAGGAGAAGAUAGUUGAUGGUGAACUCGCUGAAGGACUUUAUCGAGGACUCAACGCUGGCAGAAAGUACACUCCAACAGAUGAGCACAAGAGAGCGAACACUAAGUUGACUGGUGCGUUGGGCCCGAAUAGGGCUUCUUCUAACGCUAGAGUCUCCUGUGUGUUCGAUUACCAACCUCACGUUUGUAAGGACUACAAGGAGACAGGAUAUUGCGGAUUUGGUGACAGUUGCAUCUAUCUUCAUGAUCGGAGUGACUAUAAGAGCGGUUGGCAAUUGGAAAAGGAGUGGGAGGAAAAAAAGAAGGCGAAUGAGGCCAAGAUGCAGAGACGUCUCGAAAGACAGAUGAAGAAGCGAGCACAGCGAGCAGCUAACGGUGACGCGGAGGAAGUAUCGGAUGCUUCGUCGAGUUCCGACAGUGAUGAGUCGUCCGGUAGCGACUCUGAUAGCGACGAUGACGACGACGAUGACAAGAUACCGUUCGCUUGCUACAUCUGCCGAAAGAAAUGGGCGGAGUGUGUGGAGCCUAGUGUCACCACGUGUGGCCACUACUUCUGCGAGCCUUGCUUCUUCGCAAAGUGCACGGAUCGUUGUCCUGUGUGUCAGCAGUACACAGGAGGCAUCUGCAACUCGGCCGCUGAUAUCAUCAACAGGAAAAACGAAUCGGAGAAACAAGCCAAAGCGGAGGCUCACGAGAAGAAACAUUUCAGCUCGCAAGUGUACGGUAUUGGUCUCGCCUAA